GUAUCGUAUAGUAUGCCAAUAUGGCUACAGUCGACUACAGCCGACUCCGAGCAAAGUAUUAAAUGCUACGGAUUAACUAAAUCCGUACUUGUAAAAAUAAUUCCGUUCGUUAUUUCGAAGUUGCGAAAUUCAAUUUAUUCGUUAGGGAGAAUGUGGCCGUACUCUGUGUCAAUAGAGAUAUCUGUAAACAGGAGUUAACCACGUUUAAUCCGCAGAUAUUAUUGUGUAUACUUCUGUAUUCCAUCUCCUUUGAAAGAAACCUGGAAUCGGUGUUCAACGGAAUACAUUCGCAAUGACCGACUCAGAGAAACUCUUCACUUGCUCCACAUCGGGCUGCAAUAUGAGUUUUACGAAUGAAGAUCAAUUAACAAUGCAUAAGAAGAAACACGACAUGAUGCUAAAUCUUAACAAUAACUCCAAGAGUGCUGGAUUCGUUGCAGAUCAAACUCCAACGCCAACGAGGUUCUUCAAAAAUUGCGAGGAGGUUGGUUUAUUUCAAGAUCUGCAAAACGUGGUCAAUCCUUUCGAAGAGACGUUUCGAAGGGCUGUUGAGUCUGGAAAUAUUGGCACGCUUGUAGUAUCGGAGACUGGAAUUACGGAUGACACGCUGCAUACUCCUCACAUCUUUCCCUAUAUAACAGAUGUAUUGCCCGCAAAUAGUCAAAUUCUUUCCGAAGACACCGUCGAGGUCUGUUCCUCGACCGUGUCUCUUGCCGAGAAAGAUGCGGAGGAGGAAAGCGCUAUAAAGACUGACGAGUGUAACAGUAUUAAAUUAAGUACAAACGAGACGCAGGAGUUGAUGAAAGAUUCGACUGUCGCAUCUGCGAAAGAUGAUACUCUCCCGGCGGACAUUAUUGCCGCGAAUGCAAAUAUACCUAUAGCGCCUAAACUUUCACCGACGCAACCUAUGUCUCAUCUGUCCAUCAACGGCGAGGAGGUGCAAUUGCUACUGAAAACCGCGGAUGGUAAAUUAAUGCAGUUGUGCGCAACACCGGUGUCGGAGCCUUCUAACAUAUCGAAUGUCAAUACCGAACAGCAAACCGUUGUUAUCAGAACCGAACCAGCUCUGCGGUGUGCGAUGAAAUUGGAGCCCAAGAAAACUGUGAUCUCAAGAUUAUCGUUAGCAAAAAUGAAACUAAAACAAUCCCUGUCCAAGAACACGAUCGCACAGAAUCCAAGAGCGACCGAAGAAUGCGCGAAAACGGAUGCAGCCGCGAAGAAGGAGAAUGUCAAGAAGACGAUCGAUCAGCUUAAGAAAAAGGACAUUCUCGAGCGCAAUCGUGCCAGUUCGAUGCGUGCACGGGCCAAGAGAAAGGAAUGGAUCCAAGAACUCCAAAGAACGGUAACCAACGUGAACGAGACCAACACGGCCUUGCAAAUGGAAGUGAAAACUUUACGCAAGGAAAUUACGAGGUUAAAAACUCUUUUGCUGGCCCAUAAGGAUUGUUCGGUCACAAAGGCGAUGCAAAAAGGAAUAAUUCUUGGACCCAAGAUAAUAUCAGUAGAUAAUCCCGAGGUACUUACGGUGCCGAUAUCGAACAAUGGCGUCCCCGUGAAACGAUCGGUUUCCUACACGACGGAGAUUCCGAACGUGUCGACGAAGAAAUCGACCCUGUCGAUCACGAAGAAUCCGGUGAUACUUCCGAAGAUGGAUUGCGGCACCGCGAAUCUCGCGAUUCCGAACGCGACGAUUAUAAAGACUCUACCGGCGUUGAAGAUCGUGGGUGUUAAUCAGUUUAUGCCGGAGAAGUCGGAGGGAACAAAACAGAUACUGAUAGUGCAAAAUCAACCGAGAAAAUUGUGCGAGGCUACGACUAGGCAGAUUAUUCAGAUAAAUCCGAAUUAUGAAGUGGAACAUGCGGCAUCUAAGAGCACGGGAACGUAAUUAAUCGCCUUUUAACGUUCGCACAUUUGUAACGCAAAUGUCUUUUGGCUAAGACGGUCAGCGAAUAGACGAAUGAAUCGAUUCUAUGACGCUACGCGAUAUAUACGAUAUCGUGGAUAGAGCAAGAUAUAUGACGUUCUUGAAAAUGUUCACAAAAUCUAUUUUUACGCGUCUCCCGUUUUUUUUUAUCUUCCAUGACAAAUUAUUUCGAUAAUAUUUUCAUGUGUCAUAUUUUAUUCCACGAAUAACUGCUUAAUGUAAACGAUCGUUGAUAUUCCUGAUGUAGAGGAACGUGAAGUAAUACAGGGAGUACCAAUUUUUGUAUUAUUUAUUGAGUUUACAAGAAAAUAGAUUUUUAUUGAGUAUGA